GCAAACAGGUUGAGGCCAAGGAUUGCCACCCUGAUGCAAAUAAAGAAAGCCACGGCACGUGAUAAGGUGACCUUACGAAGCUGUUUGAAUAGUCUUUGUAAUCAGGCAAGUUUAUUAGUUAAUCUACUGUGUUGAAGCCCCUCUCUAGUAGUCUUUGUAUUGGUUCUCGGUUAUUUUCCCAUUUUCUCUCUUGUUUUGAAAAGCCACCAACACUCCAUGUGCAUCAUCUUCCCUACCCUUCCUUCUUCCUUCUUUUUUUCCAAGCAAAGAAUCUCUCUUUUAUCUCCAAACAGAAGAAAGAGAGUCUUGCACUUCUAAUCAUGGACCUGAUCUUCUGGCAUUCCAUGUGCUUCAAUCACUUCACCCCACUUCCCACUAUUUUACUUCCCCUCCUUUUAACCAUUCUUUAACCUCUCCUCUUCAAUAUAUAUAACGCCAUCCAGGCACUCGUUACGUCUCCUGACUAGGUGUCAUCCUUAUUAUUAUUAUUAUUAUUUUCACAAAAUAAAUUUUCUUGUAUCGCCGAGGCUCUCAAAAUGAACAGUCCAACACCUUGCAGCAGGUCCUGGUCUAUAAGUGAAGAUUCAUUGAAAAGAUAUGUGCACUUUGCAAGCGAGAGUUGCAUACAGGAGUUGCUAUCAGCUUCAGACUCAAACAGGUUUGGAAAUGGAAAUGAUGGGUGGAAAAUUCUUACUCUUGACAAUGGAGUUGAAAUUUCCAAAAGAAGAUCAGGGUCAUUUCACACUUUUAGAAGCAGGUGGCUGCUGAAAUCAGUCUCUCCCCAGCAAUUCAUCACCGUUGCAAAUGCCAUAGAUGCUGCCAAGCAAUGGGAUGGUGAUCUAGUGGAAGCAAAGUACAUAAAAGAUCUUGAAGAUAAUCUCAGUAUAAUUCGUCUCAGAUUCGGGGAGAACUCGAAACCUCUUUUCAGAAACAGAGAAUUCAUCGUCUAUGAACGACGCGAAACGAUGGAAGAUGGCACUCUUGUGGUUGCAGUAGCUUCACUGCCAAAAGAGAUAGCUGCUGGAUUGCAUCCAAAGCAAAACAAUGCAAUAAGGGGACUUUUGCUUCAAUCAGGAUGGGUUGUGGAGAAGCUUGAAGAUGACUCAUGUAUGGUCACUUAUGUUGUUCAGUUAGAUCCUGCAGGAUGGGUGCCAAAGUGCUUUGUGAAUCGGCUAAACACAAAACUGGUUAUGAUCAUUGAAAACCUUAGGACGCUAGCAGAAGCUUGUCCAACAAAUGGUGUGACUGUGAGUACACAAGAAUGAAACUCUCUGUAAAGUUGUGAAAAAUUUCAAGAUAUAGUAAUGUUGAUAGUGAUGAAAAUGAUUUAAACUCUCUCUAUUAAUUUCUCUUCAAGUUCUACCUACUUGGAAAUUGGAAUUAUGCUUUGCUGGUAUAAGUUAAGUGUGGUCCUAAUUAAUAUUAAUUAUCAUUAAACUCAACAUGGUG